CAAUGCCGCUGGCUGCAAAGUGACAGGUGAAGUAUGUCAUUUUCCAUCGAUUUUUGCUGAUGUUUGAUGCCUGUGGGUCUUUUUCUCGUUUUAUGUGCUCUGAUAUGUUUUGUGGUGCUCUACUUGAUGUGUAAAAAAACUAAAAAAGCAAAUACUCAUUAAAAUAUGAAGUCAUGACUGAAAUUUGAUAGUUUGGACAGCUUUUCUGCGAUUUUCAGUGAAGCUAGCACCAAUACUAUACUACACAUAAUGAAUUUCCUUGAUAACAGGUAAAUAGAGACCUAAUUGAAUCCUAAGACAUAUUUUUAGAAAUAGAUAUAAAUGCAGAACCUACAAACUUCGUUAAUGUUCUGUCUUUAUCAAAUUAGAAAGGGGGAGUUCUCCCUCCAGGCAUAGUAAUAUGGUUACGAUGAACACGGACAAAUCUGGCAAAUGUAGCAAAGAUGGGAACGGAGGUGUCUCUAAGAUAUCCCAAAAAGAGGAACCAUCCUCAACACAUCCAUCGAGUGUGCCUGAGGAGUCACCCAACCAUCUUUUAUAUAAAAAGAUGGAAAAGAUAAUAGAGAGGAUGCAAGAUGAGGUUACAGGAGUGCCAGUGAGAACAGUAAAGAGUUUCAUGUCAAAAAUACCAUCAGUUUUCACUGGUACAGAUUUGAUAAUGUGGAUGGUAAAGAAUUUGGAUGUAGAAGAUCAACAAGAAGCACUACAUUUAGCACAUUUGAUGGCUGCACAUGGAUAUUUUUUUCCUAUUGAUGAUCAUAUGCUCACUGUAAAAAAUGACAACACAUUUUACCGUUUUCAAACUCCAUACUUCUGGCCCUCUAACUGCUGGGAACCUGAGAACACUGAUUAUGCUGUAUAUUUAUGCAAAAGAACGAUGCAAAAUAAAACAAGACUGGAGCUAGCUGACUAUGAAGCUGAAAACUUAGCACGGCUACAAAAGAUGUUUUCUAGAAAGUGGGAAUUUAUUUUUAUGCAAGCGGAAGCACAAAGCAAAGUAGAUAAAAAGCGGGAUAAGCUCGAAAGAAAAGUUUUAGACAGCCAAGAACGAGCUUUUUGGGAUGUACAUAGACCCAUGCCUGGGUGUGUAAAUACCACAGAGAUAGAUAUAAAAAAAGCUUGUCAAAUGAAUAAAACCACACAAAGUUCAAAAUUAGGAUUUUUAAACAAAUUGUCGCCAUCCACUUCUGAUUUAGCAUCACAUCCAACGAUAAAGCACUUGAAGAAGCAAAUAGAUAAUCUUAAGGCUAGACUAGAUCGCAGGAACAUCAAGGUUUCAAAGGCAGCGGACUCCAUCGAUUCUAUUAUUUUCAGAUUUGUCACAUAUUACGAACAAUAUUUAGACUAUGAUAGCUUUUUUGUACAACCGGAAUAUUCAAAUCCGUGGAUAUCCGAUACUACCGAGUACUGGGAUCAAGAAAAGAGUGUGAUAUCAGCUCGACGCGUCAAACGAUGGGGAUUCAGUUUAAUAGAAUUACUCAAAGAUCCUGCUGGAAAGGAACACUUUACCCAGUUCCUUGAUAAAGAAUUCAGUGGAGAAAACUUGAGAUUUUGGGAAGCUGUUCAAGAGCUUAAAGCCCUGCCCCAGAGCCAAGUACAAAAUAAAGCUUCAGAAAUAUGGGCUGAAUUUUUAUCCCCAGAUGCUAGUUGCCCUAUAAACGUGGAUUCAUAUUCAAGUGAAUUGACGAAAAAGAAUAUGGAAGUACCUGACAGAUGGGGGUUUGACUGUGCAGCAAAUCACGUGUAUCAGCUGAUGAAAAAUGAUAGUUACUCAAGAUAUCUACGCAGCGAUAUGUAUAAGGAGUAUUUAAAUGGAUCUAAAAAGAAAGCAAGAAAAAGAUAAUGUACAGUAUUUGUUUAAUGUAAACAUAUCAUCGCUAACAAUGUCCACGUUGGAUAUAACUGGUAUUUUUUUUUUUUUUAAUUUGUAACAGAGGCUACAUCAUACAGAUAUAUGGCCAGUAUGAUGGAGUUUUCCAUAUUUGGAAUAUUUGCCUCUAAUAUAUUAAAGUAAUCAAGAGGUAUUUGUCCAUUAUUUUCAUAUGCCAACACUUUAGUGCCAAAUGCAACGGCUUCAAUUGAGGCAUCCUCAUCGUUAGGACGCCUUAUUUGUAUAGACAGCCUUGACACAUGCGAGUGACAGAAGAGUUGUUAAAUAUCUUCUUAAAAAAAAUGGAGGCCUUGUUUGAUCUCAGACCUCUAGACCUAUUUUUGCCUUGCUUUGUCGUUAGUUUCAAUGCUUUCUCAUACACAACUUUAUUCGAGCAACUUAGGGGCCUACUCAAAUUGGGGCUUAAUUAUAGUAAUAUUUGUUGCCCAACAGUCUCCCAAUUAGAGGAAAAUGAUACAAAAUCAAAUUAAAUGAAAAAUAAAAAAAAUGAUGUAAAAUAUAAACAAUAAUUGAAUUAGAUGAAAGUACAACAUAUUACAGGAAAAAAAUUAUAUAAGAUUUUUGACAUUAUGUCAAGCAUAAAUCCGUUUAACCUCUAGAUAAAAAUAUUAAGCAGAAUUUACAAUAAAAAUAUAAUGAAAGUUAAACGCCAGACAUUAAGAAAAGAAUAGCGCAUUUAUGUGAUUUUUCUGACCAGGUACAAACCACCACAAUUUAUAUUAUAAACUGCAGAAAUUGAAGUGAAAUUUUCAUACAUAGUUAAUGCUAGACUUUUGUAGCAAAUUAUAUCUAACUCUCUCACAAUGAAAGGUUUUGGUAUUUCUAGUUCUCGAACAAGGCACAACGAAAUUAAAACUAGAUAAAAGUGAGCACCAUUUUUUCUAGGCAUUUUUUUAGACGUGAAAUCCGCUUUUACACUCCCGCCUCAAGGAAGUCUCCCACCAACCCGUUUAGAAACAUGCUAACUGCUCCCGUUUGGAAACUUGGUAACUGCUCCUUGCAAGUUAUCGUCCGUCUUGACUUGUUGACCUCCUUAGUGCUCCUUUAAUUUCGAAAAUGCUAUGAUGCGCCGAUCUUCGAGCAUAACUUCCUCGGAGAUCGACGGCCUCCUGCUUCGUUGUUUGCGGAUGUCUGUGCGGCCGACAGAGCACUCUGUUCACGUUUGAGGGCAUGUUGAAUGCUAAUACACGUUUCCUCAUAUACUUGCCUCAAGUGAAGAUGGAUUUCUAUGGGUGGUAAAGUCUUUGCGUGCAAAAAUCGGAUGACCGCACGAAUUUCGUAUCUGGCGGUGACGGGCUUCAUUGCGCAUGGCUGUCGGGCCGGUGCUGAGCAUAGCAAAUAGGCGCUUCUUGUUGGGAUCGGUAGUGGGUGAGCCGAAAAACCCGAAGGUGUUGCCAGAUUUCGCCUAGCGUCAUGCGCGGCCAAGAUACAGCGUUGGGAGCCAUAUUUUUGAGACAACCCUCGUAGAUAGUAAAAUUUUCAAAUCGUCAGUAUAAAGAAGUUUAUUGCAAUUGAGAGUAUCACACAUGUCAGCUUGUAUAAUAGGUAGAGGAAUUUGUUUGCCUUCGUAAUUCAUACUUGGUAAAAUAAAACACAUUCCACAUGAAGAGUCAAAUUAAUAAUUGAUAACAAAAAGUGAUAAGAAGACAUCAAAUGAAGAAGGUCUCCUUCUUUAAUACUCCAUAACUGUGGCAAAGCAAAUAAGGCGUCUUCACAAUGAGGGGACGUAUGAAUGUAUCAGUCUGAGAAAAAGUGUUUAGAAGUGGUGGUAUAUGUUUUAGAAUGGGCUCGUUGUUGAAUUUUUAUUUUAUAUUUUUUUCAGUUGAUAAUUGGGUAAAAAUCCAGUUCAUAAUUUCUCAUUUAAUGUGAUAAAUUUUUUGGAUGGCGGGACCAAUUGGCAAUGACAUAAUAAAAACGCCACUUUUCUGUUGUAUUACCCUUUUGCUCUUUUUUUUGACGUUGUGGAGCGAUGUACCCUGAAAUUUUCAUUUACACUCAACGAGCCCAAUAUAUAAAAAACAAUUGUUUGAUAUUGAAGCAUAUAUAGUCAUAGUAUUGACAUAUACAGUAUUAAGUCAACUGCGUUCUAGCUAAGUUGUUCUCGUCUCUCUAAAGAUUGUGAACGUAAAAAAGUAUUUUCUUCAGUUUUUGAAAUUGCGGAUCGAUUUGUAUUAUUUAUUUGCAUUCUAUAAAUUUCCAUAUCUACAAAAUGUCUUAUUAACAUGUGGAUAAAAAACAGUGUUUGUAUAUCCAGGCUAAUAAUUGAACUGAUGUGUUUAUAUGAAAAUUUGGGGUUGCCGAGUAUGAAACGUAAAAAAUAACUGUUUGAAAGCGGAAACAUUUUUUGAAAUAUUUGUGAGUCAAUGUCGAAAGUUACUUUUGUUUCGACUGUCGAUAAAUCUUACUCUCUUUUAAGGGCAUACUUCCCCGACAACUAAUGUUCACUAUUACUUUUAUCUUGUCGAAACGCACAAUUUUUAUGUUACCUUUUUCGUUUAUCUUCUAUUGUAUUUGUUUUUAUUUAAAUUGAGCUUGCAAUUGAAAAAAAAAGAACACUCAAGGUCUCUGUAUGGCAUAUUUGGAUUGUGCAUUGAACAUAUUGUAAUUUUGCUAGUGAGAGCAUGUUCUGUUGUCCCACACACAGACCAUGAAAGUUAGUUAAAACAAAGAAUGAUCAGUUUUUGGACUAAGUGCAGCUAAAGACGAUAUAAAAUUAGCAUCUGGCAUCUGUCAACCUACAAUGAAACGAAACGUUUAACAAACUAAUAAUAAUAUGAACCGCGGUGCACACUAGACAUGGCAAAACACUAGGAUAACAGUAUGAAUCAGAUUACUAUAAAAAUGCAUUAAAAAAGGAGUGAAUAUAGAAUAUGAACAUAUACAGGGUGUAAACGUUAUGAUAGUCAUUAUUUAAAUGGGUGCUAGAGGGGGUUAAAAGAAGCAAAAAGUUUCAUAUAACAUUUUUUUAGAGAAAAGCGACUUUAAAGUAAAAUAAAUCUGACAACAAACCGCAAAACUAUGCAAAAGGAUAACUAACCACUGUUACCGUUUGCGAUCGAUUGCCGGUUCGAUAAGAGUGAUGAUGACCGACGCGCUGUUGUCAUGUGUGUUUCAAAUAUUCAUUUUAAUGAAACUUAGUUACUGACUACAAAUUUCGGAUUAACUUAGAAAAACUUAAUGCCAUUUAUUUGUUAAUUACCCAAUUUAAAAACGUUUUAGAUUAGAUUAUAAAAAUUAGUAAGAUUGUGGUCGAUAUAAAGCACUUAAAGUUGUAAACUAUAAAGCCAUUUAGACAAAAAUCUAUUGGACCGUGGGUCAUAUGAACUUUUUGACUUGUUUUGGCCCUCCCUAUUACCCAUUUCAAUAAUGACUACCAUAACGUUUACACCCUGUAUAAUAGAAAGUGUCAUCAAAUCAAAUUUAGUACGGGUAGUGCGCCCAAAAAGUAUUUUAGAAGGUUUUUCAUUCGUUGUGGUAUUAGGGGUAUUCCUAUACUGAAAUAAAAAUCUAUUUAUUAUCAAAUGAGUAUCCUUGCAUUUAUCCUUAUGAAUCACCCUUAGCAAGGCUUUUUUUUAUUAUUUUCACAGCAAAUUUUGGAACUCUUUUGAGGUAAAGGUUCUUGCAUUAAUCUGUUCAUAAUUCAAAUGGUAGUCCAAAUCUUGAAAAAAGUUCUCGGAAAAUUUUUAUGGUAGCUGAAGCACUAACAUUUGUGACUUCGAAGCAUUCAGUCUACUUUGACGUAGCAUCCUCAAUUACUGAAAUGUGUUUGUUCAUAAUGGGUCCAAAAAAAUCUGCAUGCAGUCUUUUCCAAGGUUCGCUUGGCCAAUCCGGAACUAACAAGGGUAUUUUGGGGGGGUUGCUUGAAUAUUUUGCAUAUGUGCGACAAUUUCUUGCUAAGCACUUCAUAUCCCAAUCAAUGUUUGGUCACCAAACAUAACAUCUUGCUAGAGAUUUCAGUUUCACUAUUCCCAUAUGCGUACUGUGCAAUUCAUCGAGUUUUUGUGGACGGUAUUUUUCCGGGAUAAUCAAUCGAUAACCCCACAUCAGACACCCUUGUUCCACGUUAAUUUCUGUUUUUCCUGAAAAAAAAAACGGCUCAAGCUCUUCUGGUAAAUUCGUCGCAGGCCAGCCAUUUUGAACGAAAAAUAUUUUUCACAAAAUUGCGUCGUUAGCAUUAGUAUCAUUUUUUAUUUACUGAAACCUUAUAGUUAGUGAUUCUUUCACGUAAUUUAAGUAAGAUAUAUCUAAAUCAACCUUUAUGUUGUUGAAUCGUCCAUAUUAUUAUGAGCGUCAACCGUAGAUUUCCUAGACAAAAAAUCUGCCAUGCUAUCUUAUUUCGAAGUUGAAGUCGCUUUGUGCUGCAAAAAUUGGUAUACUCUUUUUUUCACCAAAUAUGGAUAAUAACGGUUUGUGAUCAGUAUAUAAUAAAAACUUAUGUCCGUAUAAAUAAAUACUGGAAAUAUUUUUUAACACCAAAUGUAAUAGCUAAUGCUUCUUUUUUAUUUGCGAAUAUUUUUGUUCAGAAUCAUUCAAUAAAUGUGACGCAAAUGCAAUCGGUCUUUUCACUUUUUUUUUCAUAAAUAUGGCUUAUACAAGCCCCUAUGGCAAACUGAGAUACAUCCACUGACAGUUUAUUAUUCUAUCAGGAUCAAAAUAAGCAAGAAAAGAUGAACAUAACACAUGUUUCGCCUCCGUUUUCAUACAAACAGGGGUCCAGUUCCAAGGAGCAUCUUUUUCUAAUAAAUCGUAUAAAGAUAUGUUUGGCACAAAUAUGCAGUAAAAAUUUACCAUUCCCAAAAAAAACUUCAGAGGUAUGAAGUCAAAUUUUGUGACCUAAAUAAGUAACAGUCUUCAAUCUACAUUUUUCUUUUUUUACUUUCUACGCAUAUCCCUGUAAUCUUUUGAAUACCAAAUCCAACUUUUCUAAAUGCUCGCAGUCAUUACUACGCGAAACUAGAAUAUCAUCUAGAAAACAUACAACUCCUGAUAUAUCUAAUAACGGGUACUGGCCUUGGUUUGCAAAAUUUCGGUACAGAAUUUUUCUCUAGUUUUAGAGAACUUUUAAAUUUGUUAAACGUGCCAAUUUUUUUAUCCUCCUUGAAUCAUCAUUUAGUUGCACACCCGGGAGAUACCUAAAUCCUCGUCUCCACUAUUACGUUUGUAAAUAAUAUAAGGCGUCUCAAUUUGGAGAGCAUAUAUUUCGAACUACCCUGAACAGAUCACUUUGUAUACUCCUAGGUAGCAAAACAUCAUACAGCAAAAACUCGUAACAUAGUUUUGGAUAUACAGGGUGGCCCAACGAAAAGGUCGCACUCCUAUUUGUGGCUCUCCUGGUACAUUUUGGGAAAAACGCUGGGAAAUUUUGAUUUCUAGGAGGACACGUCUUUUCAUGUAUAGCCCUAUAAUACAUGGGUGAUCCACAAGAUAUUGCGUAACACUUUAGAUUUUUAAAUGGAAACCCAUAUUUUUUUUUAAUUUUUUCCAUGAAGUUUUUAGUAACUCUUGUAUAAUAAUAUAUAUAUAAAUAUAUAUUUUGAGACGUGGUCAUUGUCGUCUAGACCAGUUAGGUGAAAAAUUAAAGCUUCCGCCUUUUGUUGGGUACUUCGACAAA